GUGUCCCUUCCUAGAGACGCCAGCCAGUGUUGCCUGGGCACAGGGUGUGACGUCCACGCAGACCCGCCCGACUCAGACUGUUCCUGAGUCUCCAGAAUGGGGGCGAUGGCGCCGCGCACCCUCCUCCCGCUACUCACCGCCGCCCUGGCCCUGACCCAGACCCGCGGGGGCUCGCACUCGCUGCGGUAUUUCCACCCCGCCGUGUCCCGGCCCGGCCUCGGGGAGCCCCGGUUCAUCGCCGUCGGCUACGUGGACGACACGCAGUUCGUGCGCUUCGACAGCGACGCGGAGAAUCCGAGGAUGGAGCCGCGGGCGCCGUGGAUGGAGCAGGAGGGGCCGCAGUACUGGGAGCGGCAGACGCAGAUCGCCAAGGCACAGGCACAGAGAGACCGUGUGAGCCUGCGGACCGCUCUCGGCUACUACAACCAGAGCGAGGACGGUGAGUGA